UUGGUUCUUCCCCUUUCCACUACGGUCUCCACAACGGCGCGGGCGGAAAAUACCGCUCCGCGUCGAUCGCUCAUGAGAUCAGCAUGCCAGCGGCCUUGGCCAGUCAGGCCACUGCCGAAGUGCCCACGCGGACACAGCAAGAGGCGGAAGCCUCGGCCAAGAUGAAGGUGGAGAUGUUGAGGCAAAAGCUGCUGCUGAAGAAGAAGGAGAAGGAGGAGUUGGAUCCAGAGAAGCUCCAAGAAGGCGACUCAGUUGCCGCCUUUCUGGCCACCAACCGGACGGCUCUGAAUGUUUUGGCUCAGGACUUGGCGCGGAAGCACCCGGCUCCGGCGACGCCCUCGGGUCCCGCGGCGUCCCGGACCAAAGCGCGGCUGAAGCCCCGCGAGGAUGAAGCCUCCUCCGGUGAGCCCAAGGGCAAGGAAAAUGGCAUCAAGACCGCCGAAGGUGCCGUGUCGGCGGAAGAGGAUGCCGUUCAGAAGCGGAAAAAAGAAAAGAGGAAGAAAAAGCAGGAGACAGAAGAUGCUGAAACCCACGAGGAGCCAGCUCCAGAGGUGAAGCCGCUGAAUUCGGAUGAACCGGUGCUGACAGAGGAGGAGGAAGAUAGCAAUCAGCCGUUGGAGAACGAGGAUGAAGGCUACGUGCAGACAGAGUCUGCAGCUGAGUCCCUCGAGGGCAAGGAGAUCAAAGCCAAGGCAACCAAGAAGAAAAAAACACAAGGAGAGGAGAAGAAGGCCUCCAAGAAAACGAAGGUGGAGAAGGUGCCCAAAGAAAAGAUCAAGGUGAAGAAGAAGACGGAAACCAAGGAGAAAGAAAAGAAGGAAGUCAGGGAGAAGAAGGAAGAGAAGGUCAAGGAGACUUCCGCUAGGAAGAAGAGCUUGGACAAAAAGCGGAGCAAGGAGAAGGAGAAGGAAAAGGAGAAGGAGAAGAAGAUCGAACGCCCCAAGGAGAAGCAGAAGAAGGAACCUGUCAAAGAAAAAAAGGAGGAGUCCCGGCGGAAGAGAAGCCCUGAGAAGCGAAAGCGGAGCAAGGCCGCGGUGCGGAGCCGGUCCGAGCCGGCGCGGAGUCGCAGCCGACGCCGCGCGGAGAAAAGGUCCCCGCGAUCCGGUCGCAGGCGUAGCCGAAAACGGCCAUCGCCGGCUCGCCGGUCCAAGAGCCGCCGGUCGAAGAGCGGCAGAGCCCGAAGCAAGUCCAAAAGCGGCCGAGCACGGAGAAAACCCAAGAGUGGCCGAACUCGGAGCAAAUCCAAGAGUGGUCGUGGUCGAAGCAAGUCUAGUGGUCGCGGAGGAGCCCGAAGCAAAUCCAAGAGUCACCGCAAAGGCAGCCGGAGCAGGAGGCGGAGCCGCAGCGGCCGGAGGAAAGCAUCCUCUUCCCCACACAAAAAGAAGGCACGCCGUGGCUCCCAGAGUCCCGAACGCACCGUGGCGCCACCACCGAGUGUGCAGGUGCCCAGCGAGGAGGUCCAAGCAGCCUUGGCGAGAUUCCCGGCCUACAGCUGUGUGAGGUUGAAAGGAUUGAAAAUCAAUACUGACCUCAACGGCCUCGUUGGCAUUGUGGCUCCCCCUGAGUUGGAAUCAAACGUGCCGGGCACGUUGAAAGUCCGAUUGGAGUCGGAGCGCGAGGUUGCCGUCCGGCCGCCCAACUUGGACCUGCUGGAAGGCAAAGAGGCUAUGACGUCUCAACAGAAGGAGAAAUUGCAGAAGGUCGUGAAGCAGCUCCAGACCGAGGCCGCAGGAGGCGUCCAAGCGCGUCGUGCUGCCGCCGCGGCGGCUGUGGCGGCGGCAGCGGAAGCAGCUGCCAAGGUGAGGUUUUCCUGCAGGUGUUCAUUGGGGUUUGGGAGAACAAACAUUGUACCCAUUGGGAAACCAGACUUACAUUAGCAUC